CUCAUUCACAUUGUGCUCAGCAUGCACAGGUGAUCCACCGUCAGGGAAGGUCGCAUCGAGUGACUCAGCGUGCUCCAUCCACGUGUCCGCAGUCCCACACCUCGGGUCGGAGUUUUCCAGCUUCGGAGAUUUAUGCGGACGCGCUGCUAGUUACAGUAGUAGUGGCCACAAGUCUCAGAGCAAAAUAAAGGGUCUGGAUGCCAUGCUUCCGGUGCCCUCAGGGAUAAGUAUAGUAGUAGUAUACUGUAUACGUGCCCUCAAUCUCUAGCAAAACGGAACCUGGACACCUAUCUACAUACCACCUCAAGAUGCGUCUCUUCAACUCGACCGUGCCAGAACUGCACCACUCUACACACACCGUCGGCCUACGCACGCAUAGCAACGGCGUGGUGCCCUUAUCCUCCUUCGCGACGCCCUUGAUCCCGCCCUACUACGGCAACCCACUGCUCUUCAACGGCCACCUGCAAACCGCCUGGACAGUGACCAAGUUCGGCGACCCGUUCACGAUCCACUACGCGCGGCGGCACUUCGUGCACCCGGUCGACGGCGGGCACUUCGCCGUCGACUUUGUCGUGCCCGCGUUCCCGGAAUCCGAGUCACCCGAUGACCUGCCCGUGCGCACGCGCCACAUGGCGCCCGAGGACCGCGCGGCGCACGAUAAGGGCACGGAGGACACACGACCAAUGCUCGUGGCGCUCCAUGGGCUGAGCGGCGGCAGCCACGAGGUCUACCUGCGCGCGAUGCUGCACGGCUUGCUCGCGGGUCCCGGGGGCGACGAGUGGGAGGCCUGCGUGAUCAAUGCGCGCGGGUGCGCAAUGAGCAGCAUCUCCUCGAAGCAGCUAUUCAAUGCGCGGUGGACCGCGGAUUUGCGGGAAGUGGUCAAGUUCCUGCGCAAGACGUUUCCGAACCGCCCGCUGUACGCGAUCGGGUUCUCGCUCGGCGCGAAUAUUCUCACGAACUAUCUUGGCGAGGAGGGGGAGAGCUGUGGGCUCGUCGCGGCCGUCGUCUGCUCAAACCCCUGGCAGCUGGAUGUUAGCCACAAGGCGCUGAUGCGCUCGUGGGUCGGCAAGGAGGUGUACUCCAAGGUCAUGGCGGCGAAUAUGCGCCGGCUGUUUGAGUCGCACAUCGACCAGCUAUCGCUGGACGAGCGCAUCGAUGUCGAGGCCGUAAGGAACUCUGUCUACCUCCACGAGUUUGACCGCGAGAUCACCGCAAAAGUCUUCGGAUACCCGACCGUCGGCGCGUACUACCGCGAUGCGAGCUCGACAGAUAAGCUGCUCAAGGUCAGAGUGCCAAUGCUCGUCGUCCAUGCGAAGGAUGAUCCCAUCGCCGUCGAGGAGGCGGUGCCGUACGACGAGGCGAAGGCGAAUCCGUACGUGUUCAUGGUUGUCACGGAGGGUGGGGGGCAUCUGAGCUGGUUCGAGACUGGCGGUGGGAGGUGGUUCGCAAAGCCGAUCUCCAACUUCUUGAAUGCGUUCGCCAAGGAUGUGAUCGAGGUUGUUCCUCCAUCCGCAGACGAUACUCCGGACACUCCCGUCGUCAUCGGCGGUGUCCCGCAGGACGGGCUCCUCGAUAUAGCCCAGUUAAAGAAGAUGGAGUAAGCGGGUGGAGGAGGAGGAGGGAGAAAAGGAAGGGAAGGGGAAAUAGAGGCAUCACUAGGAGUUUUUCUGCAUUUUCAUCCUCUCAGAUUAGCCACGGGGAGAUACCAGAGAAUAGUCAGUCGUCAACGUAGA